AUGACACGGGGCACGCUCGUAGCCAAGGUCGUCCUCGCAGACCCCAAGCACGUCCACUGCGGCCCCAGCGACCCCGUCCGAGGCCACGUCCUUGUGCGCUACAACCCCACCGCCUCUCAUGUGCGCGACGACGACGAGCUCCAAAUCCCCAUCAAGGUCACCGUCACGCUCCAGGGCCGCCUCAAGGUCAAGCUCGUGCCCCGGAACGAGCGCUGGGACCUCGACAACGUGCGCUUCUUCCGCGCCCGCGUGCCCCUCUUCUCGACGCAGCAUCCCCUCCCGCCGUCGAUGCACUUCAUCGACCCGGUCCUCGGCGUGCCGGGGGAGAUGCGAGUCCAGUACGAGGCGGCUGCUCGCAUCGAGGUGCUCGGCGACGACGACAUGAACCUUGUCAUCGAAGAUCAGAGCGAGCAUGGUGGCCAUGUGUUGCCCUCGUCCGAGUUCAGGGGCACGCCGGUGCUUUACGAGCGCCCGCCCGUCGCCGCGCCCGUGGGGGGUGGUGGUGGUGGUGGCGGUGGUGGUGGCAGCGCCAUGCAGUCGGCGUUCGCCUGGUUCAUGUUCAAGGACAAACGGCUGCCGCUGCUCGACGGGACGCACGGGCAGCUCAAGGCCAACAAGAAGGAGAAGAACAGGACAGGUUUGCGCGACCGGCUCAUGACGUUCUCGCAGCCGCUGUACGUGUACGACUGCCACGUGUCGUGCCCGCGAGAUGUGCACCGGUUCCAGCCGCUCGUGCUGCAGAUCAGGAUCGUGCCCUCGGAGAGGAAGUCCACGGCGGGAAAUGUCACGCAGGUCAGGCUCGAACUGACGAGAGUCACGGUGCAGGUGGUUGGCUAUGUCCAGGGCAGGUCGCAGGGCGGCACGUUGGUCAGGCGGUCGCUCGAGGACGAGGAGAUUGUCGCUCAGGAGACUGUCAAUUUCACUGGCGAAGGGGCCUCAGAGGCAACAACACCUGGCGGAAUGGCGAGGGGCAGGGAUGGACACGAGGAGAGGCCAUCGUCGAGCAUCUCCCCCACGUCUCUGUCAUUGGUCUCCUCAUGCUCGUCUGGUGCUCCGAUGAAUGCAGACAACGACUGGACACUGGUCGUCGCAUUCGCCUCGGUGCUCCACAGCGUGACGAGCUCCUUCAAGACGGUCUGCAUCCGGCGCGACUACGUGUUCCGGGUCAUAUGUAAAGUUCGGGUCGGGGGCAAGCGUGACGAAAUGUUCGAGAGGACCUUCAAGGUCACGGUGCACCCUCCGCUGGGAUCCGAUGUGGCGAGACUGCAGGGUAGUAGUGUACAGAGCGGUGUGAGUGGUAUCGUCGUCCCUAGCCAUCCAGAGGGGGCACUGCACGACACAUUUGGCGAGCUGGACAUUGGCUGUUCCACGAGGGCAGAGACUUUACCCCCAUAUACGCCAUAAGCACGGCGGUUUCGAUUCAAUGCAGGUUGUUGGUUUCAUUUCCAUUUUUUCCUCCUGACUACUCCGCUGUGCCCGGGUUAUUAUUCAGUCUUUGUUCAUUAAUUUGAUGCCAUUUGGGCGCAAUACUGAUCUGCUCACCAGUGAUUAAAUCCAUUGCAGCGAAGCAUCCUGCAAGGC